AUGGACAUCAGCUUUUGCAAAAUCGCUGCGAUUAAUUUGACGCAGUUGCAAUCUGCUACGGUUUAUGAGAAGAGGAUUGGGUAUUUGAGUGCUUGCUUGUUUUUGUCGGAAGGUGAUGAGCUAGUCUUGCUGCUCGUGAAUGGACUGCAAAGGGAUUUGACAAGCACAUCAUACUUGGAUGUCAUUCUCGCUCUCACAGCAAUAACAAAUCUCGCAAACCAGGAUAUUGCAUCGUCUCUCUUCCCACAUUUAGAAUCAUGUCUUGUACAUGAACACGAUCUGGUGCGACGAAAAGCGGUAUUGGCAAUGUCGAAACUAUAUGAUGUGGCACCUGAUAUUGUGAUGGCUGCAUUCCCACAGUUUAAGAGACUGCUGGCUGAUCCUGAUCCAGCUGUCAUGUGUGCUUCGCUGGUGCUGUUGAGGGAUGUUGCACGUGAUCAACCGCUGAAAUGUCGGCCACUGACAACAGCCUUUAUACACAUCAUAUUACAAAUACGUGAUGGGAGGCUGCCGCAUGGAUUUGACUAUCAUGGGAUGUCGGCGCCAUGGGCUCUUAGUCAGUGUGUUGAGAUUUUGGGGUCGUUGGGACAAGUUGAUAUCAAGACUAGUGAUAAGAUACGGCCUGUGCUGCUUGAUCUACUCAAACAAGUACAGAGUGGAGAUGAUGCCGCAUUUGGAAUCAUUCUGUCAUGUAUUCAAGCCCUGUCAAAACUAUCUACUUCGACCGAACCAUCAGCUGAACAGAUACUAUACACGUCCAUUCUGAAAAGAUGUCUUUCCACAUCACAGAAUGCUAAUUUAAUGUACCUGGGCAUUGAAAUACUGCAGGCCAUACGUUCAACGCAUGCUGAAGUGAUAUCCGCAUUUCGAAAUGACAUAAUGGUGUGUCUGGAACAUGUGGAUGACACGUUACGCUCCAGGACUCUGGACCUCGUAUAUUCCCUCACAACACCAGCCUCUUCAGACGAAACUAUAAAAUUGAUUGUGAAAGCACUACCGCAAUCAGAUACACAUCGACAGAUUAACUUGCUCGACAAGUUACAACAUUUAAUAUCAACGCAACUGCCGAUGUCACAACUUACUAUGCUUCUGGAUGUCAUCAUGGCCUUAGACGAUGAUCGUGCUCGACCAAGACUAACUGGGCCUAUUUCGCGGUUGUUGAUUGAUGAUCAGGAUGGUGAUGUAAAGGAGGUGGCUGUUGGUACUUGUUACAGGGUUUUGGGUGAUGCGAAUGGAGAGGUGGCAAGGAAUCUUGGGAGGUUGUUUGUUUGGAUUAUUGGGGAAUAUUCUCAAGCCUCGAGCUUGUCACAUCAUGAGUUGACUCAAGUGCUAGCUGGUAUAUUACGAGACAGUCAUGAUCAUGAGCUGGCAGCACAAACCAUCGAAAGCAUUAAAAAGAUAGUCGUUCGAUCGCAAGAAUGCUCAUCACAAGUCAUGAAUGCUGUUUCGAGUAUGAGGACGUCAAAAUAUCUCGAUGUUCAGCAGAAAUUAGUUGAAUUUGCUGAAUCAACGCGUAAUUUGAAGAUUAUUGAUGAUGCAUUGACGAGUGAAUUGCUGGUAUCAACUGUCCCCUCUCCUGAAUCCCCAUUUUCUGCUAUUGAUGGAAAAUCACCUGUUUCAAGAGCAAAGCCUGCUUUCUCUAUUGUUGGCAAGAGCUCUCCGACUACAUCUUUAACUACACCUGGACGGAAUAACACCAGUCCAACAACACCAAAGAAUUCAAAACUAUCGUUAGCAUUGUUUGGUGAUAGUUCUCAGCCAUCAGUGUUGAGUCAGAGCUUGUUGGUUGAUGUGUCGUUGAAAGGUGAUUUGGACGUACCUCUAAUACCAUCACAGACUCCCGUACGAAGACAAGCUGAUCCAAUGGCAAACCCUGCUUCGCCACAGUCGCUUGUGGAUGUUGAUCUUUGA